CUGAGUUGUGCGCAAAUUUGUGAAAAGAAUAUCCGAAGCUGCUGUGUCGCGGAUCAAUUAUUAUCACAAUUUGCAACGAUUGCAGUGCCGGUUGGUCAUCCAACCUCUGUCCAGCAUUGCAAGCGGCGAAGAAAACAAUUCACAUCCAUUUGUGGAGCGUUUUCUUUUCCUUCUUUCUCGGCAAGGUAGUAGAAGAAAAUACGCACCAGUGAAUGUUCCGCUGCAAACGCGUGUGACGGAUUUGUAGGGACGUGGAAAACCUUCGGCGGCUUCAUCGAUUGCGGGCAGUAAAACGUAGCUAUAAAAGGACAGCGAAAAGAAAGAAGGUGCAAAAGUGUGAAGAGUGUGUGGCAAUUUUGUGUGUGUGUGUGUGGAAGGAAAACUUCAGUCCGCGUUUCCGAGUUGCAAAUUGUUCCGAGCAACCGUAUCCUCCGAAAAGGCAGCAAAAGCAAAGUGUGAUACGCCCAAUAGAUCAGCGACGACAACCAAAGCGACCAAUGUUGUGAAUUUCACAACGCAAACUUGGUGCCCCAGUGUCCCAUCGAACAAGCACUGUGCGACAAACCGAUCAAUCCCAAGCCGACGAAUGUUUGCCGUCUUCAUAACCGGACGCCCCAGAAGCAGCAGCGAUCGCCAAAGCGAAUCGGGAAGGAAGGAAAUAAGGAGAAAAUCAAAAAUCCUUCGCAAAGAUUGCAUAAUCUAAAGAGUUGCUUCCGACGCGAAAACACCACUGCCGGUGUCCGCUAUUUGAUAGUCCUCAAGAAGCCUCAUCCAAGUUAGCUCAUCGUACAAAUAAAGGAGCUACCCAGCCGCUUACGGGUGAAUAUUGGCCAAGACCGAUCGAGCGACACUGCGGAAGUGGCGAAAGAAAGGAUCCUCUCAAGGAUCGGUGGAAGAACAAAAACAACCGCCGGAGCAGCAGCAACAGCAAUCGCGAAAGUGGAUCGGAAGACGUGUCGGCUUUCGCUGGGGAAAAGAAACAACUAAACCUGCAGCGUCCGGAGACGUUGACGGAAAGUCCACCGGGGCUGCUGAGAUCGUAGAAUCGGCGGAGUGCACCGAACCAGAAAACCCUGUUGCUGCAUCCGUUGCAGCAAGGCAGAAGAAAGCAACCAGUGACAGUUCCCUCCGCAGCUCGCUCGUAGCGCCGAAGCGCCGCAAGGAAAGCAACAACAUCCCUGCCGGGGGUGGUGGUGGCGGUGAGGGGCGUGGCGUCGGCGUCGGCAUCGAAGAGCAAGAGUCGGAAGGAGGCGCAGGAGGACGUCGACGUGGUGGAGGUGGGGGCGUAGGCUUCCAGCUGCUGACUCGCUUUCUCACAGUUCUCGGUGGAAAACGUGCGCACCGAACGGCCGCUAAAACGGGGAAGGAAUUUCUUCCGACAGAGGGCUUGAACGCGAUGGACUACGACAAAACGGUCGAAGCGAUGGACACCCAGGACGACAAUGAAAUCGACCCGCCCAACAUUCAGAACCUCACGAAUACGGUUGCACCGCCGACGGCAGCCGCGAACGGUGGUGGCGGUGGUGUCGGAGGCAACGCGGACGGCGGCGGCGAAGCGAUGGCGCUCGACGAUCAGGAUUACAUGAACGACGAGGUGCGCUCGGAAGCAACGUUCAGUUUUCAGAUUACAAAGUUCAGCCGACUGACGGAGUCUGUUCUGUCACCGCCGUACUUUGUGCGCAAUCUGCCGUGGAAAAUACUGGCCAUGCCGCGCACGAACGAAAACGCGGUUGCCCCCGGCAAAGGGCUUGGUUUCUUCCUGCAGUGCAACGGCGAAAGCUCGAGCAACAACUGGAACUGCUCUGCAUCGGCGGAGUUGCGCUUGCUGAAGGUGGACUCGCACGCGGAACCGUUCAUAAGGCGCAUCAGACACACGUUCUGCAUGCAGGAAAACGAUUGGGGCUUCUCGUCGUUUAUGAACUGGCAGGAGAUUAUCGAUCCGGCGAAUGGGUACAUCGAGAACGAUACGAUCACACUGGAAGUGUACGUGAAUGCGGAGCCACCACGUGGAAUAUUCUGGGACUCGAAGAAACACACUGGCUACGUGGGAUUGAAGAACCAGGGUGCAACGUGCUACAUGAACUCGCUCUUGCAGACGCUGUACUUCACCAACCAGCUGCGGAAGGCCGUGUACAAGAUGCCAACGGAGGCGGACGAUGAUUGCAAGUCGGUCGCGCUCGCCCUGCAGCGAGUGUUCCACGAUUUACAGACGCAAAACAAACCGGUCGGUACGAAAAAGCUAACGAAGAGUUUCGGUUGGGAUGCGCUCGAUUCGUUUAUGCAGCACGACGUGCAGGAGUUCCUGCGCGUACUACUCGAUAAGUUGGAGAACAAAAUGAAGGGCACCAGUCUGGAGGGCACGAUCCCAAAGCUGUUCGAGGGCAAGAUGAUCUCGUACAUCAAGUGCCAGAACGUGGAUUACACAAGCCGCCGCACGGAGACGUUCUACGACAUCCAGCUCAAUAUCAAGGGCAAGAAGAAUAUCCAGGAGUCGUUCAAGGAUUACAUCGCGACGGAGAUCCUAGAUGACGAUAACAAAUACGACGCGGGAGAGCAUGGAUUGCAGAAGGCAGAAAAAGGCAUCCUGUUCAGUAAGUUCCCGCCCGUGCUGCACUUACACCUGAUGCGCUUCCAGUACGAUCCUAUCUCGGACAACUCGGUCAAGUUUAACGAUCGCUUUGAGUUCGACGAGAUGAUCAACCUGGACCCGUUCCUCGAGAAGCCGGAGGACACACCGGCCACCUAUAUCCUGCACGCGGUUCUGGUACACUCAGGUGAUAAUCACGGAGGUCACUAUGUUGUCUACAUCAAUCCGAAGAACGAUGGCAAGUGGUGCAAGUUCGACGACGACGUCGUGUGCCGCUGCAGUCGCAACGAGGCAAUCGAGCAGAAUUAUGGCGGUCACGACAACGAACUGAACCUGCGGCACAGCAGCAACGCUUACAUGUUGGUAUACGUGCGCGAGUCCGUUGUGCACCAGGUGCUGGAAGAGGUGAAGGAGAGCGACAUUCCCGAGGAACUCCUCGAGCGGCUGAACGAGCAGCGACGCAUCCAGCAAGUGCGCCGCAUCGAGCGCACCGAGGCGUCGAGCUUUGUCAACCUGAAUGUGCUGCUUUCCGACUAUAUGGAGGUCCAUCAGAAGUCCGAUCUGUUUGAUGCGACGACCGCCGCUUACCGUACUUUGAAGGUGCGUAAGACGCUCGACCUGGCAACGGUGGUGGUGCAGAUUGGGCGGGCAUUCAAGUUGGAGCCGGGCCAGUUUCGACUGUGGGAGGUGAAGAAACCAUCUAACCAGAAGCCCCACAAGUUCGAAUACAUCGAUCCGUCGUCGGCGGAGACAUGCAGCAAGUACGCGUCGCCCGAAACGAAACACUCAUGCACGAUCUUCCUCGAGCUGCCGUUGCCCGGCCGUAUCGAACUCGAACCGGUAAAGAUAACGUUCGAGGAUACGUUAAUGUUUUUCAAGUUCUACGAUCCGGUCGAGAAGCGACUCAACUACUGCGGCCACGGACUGUACAAGCCGACGACGACGGUGGCGGAGCUGGCACGCGACCUAUGCAAGCGAGCCUACUUCGAGCCGGACACCGAGCUGCAGCUGUACGAAGUGGUAGAUAUUAACAAGGCCCAAAAGAUCACCGAUCAGUUCCAGACGCUGCAAACGGCGCUCUCGCUCCUCGGCCAUGGCACCAUCAUCGUGUUCGAGAAGCUGCACCCACCGCAGGAGAACCUGGAGUUUCCGACUUGCGAGGCGUACUUCAAGGACCUGUUCUGUCGCAUGGAGGUCGUCUUUCUUGACACGCUCAUACCGAACGAUACCGGCUUCACGCUCGACCUGUCAUCCGAGUCGACGUACGAUCAGAUCGCGAAGGCAGUCGGACGCCGCAUCAACGUCAACCCGUACGAGAUUCAGUUUUUCAAGAGCAAAAACUACAGCGACUUACCCGGACAGCCGCUCUCCCAUAGCUUCGGUGGUUCCCUGCGGGAUGUGCUGCAGUAUACCAAAAACAAAACGGUACGCAAGCUGUUCUAUCAAAAGCUCUCGAUCAACAUCAACGAGUUGGAGAAUAAGAAGCAGUUCCGCUGCCUCUACCUGAUGCCGAACCUGAAGGAAGAGAAGGAACUCAUCCUGUACCCGAACAAAAACGGCACGGUGCGCGAUCUACUCGAGGAGGCACGCAAGGUGAUCGAAUUCGGUGAGGCGAGCACCAAGCAGCUGCGGAUUUCGGAGUUGUCCAAAAACCGUCUUUCCCCCGGCCCGGCCGACGAUACGCCACUCGACCAGCUGCACGAUUACACGGAGAACCCGUUCGUGCAGAAGUCCAGCAUCGGCAAUCAGAUCAUGUACCGCAUCGAGGAGGUGGCCGAGGAUGAGGUGGCGCUCGGUGAAAGCGAAAUGCUCGUCCCAGUAUUGCACUUCACCAAGGAUAUCUCGAGUGUGUUUGGCAUCCCGUUCUUCAUCCGCGCAGUGCAGGACGAGACGUACGCGUCACUUAAGGAGCGAAUGAAAAAGAAGCUUGCGGUAUCGGACAAGGAGUGGGAAAAGUACCGGCUAGCGAUCAUCACCGAGCACAUCGACUACAUCGACGACGAGAUGAUACAGAUCAAUCUGGAGAUGUUCCGGGGUGACCGGACUGAUCCGCAUUCACGCACCUUCCUAGGACUGGAGCACAUUAACAAAAACACUAAGCGCAGUCGGUUCAAUUACAUGGAGAAGGCGAUCAAAAUUUACAAUUAAUGCAACUAAUAGAAAGGCAUAGAGGAUGUGGCAAAAGUAUCCAAGAGCGAUUCAGCACCUCUCGUCAAACGACAGAGUGAAAUCCAGCAUGAACGGAACCGUGCCCUUUUACGGUAGAUUGAUUUUGUUCGAUUGUCCCUAGAUCGGCCAUUCUUUUCUCUACGUUACUCACGAACGGAGAUGUUUUUUACUCCAGCCAAGCUUACAUGAGCUUAAAACGUUUGUUGAGAAACAUCUACGUAGGAUUAUAAAAUUGAAGUGCAAGUUGAAAAUAUAAUUGUUUUUUUUUUAAUUUUUUUUUUUUUGUAUGAAAUUCUCGUCUCAACGUCCGUUGCGCGUUUAAGAAGGAUCUACUUUAAGCCAGACCUACAGAUAUGAGAGCGAUAACGAAGCGAUUCUUUUUGUUUAAUGUGCUGAAACUUGUUUUUGUGCGGAAAAUGUUUCUUUCCUCAAACUAUAAUAAUGUCGAACACCCGUUGACAUAUUGGCCAUUUUCGUUGGAAAUCGAGUGUUAGUCCUGGGAGGUGGUCGUGAAAGCUUUAUCGUCUAAACGUCUCAGUGUAUUAUGGUUAGAAGGUUACAUGUAUCAUCCUUUUAUUAUAUACAUUUAUUAUUAUCAUAAUGAUCGAGAAAAAUGUGUUUUCGAUUUGUUGCUUUUUAAUUUGUCUUUGUCUUCUACUUCUUGGCGUUACAAUCGUGUUGGUCAUGCCUGGCCGUUAAGGGCUUACGGGACUCUUUUCAGUGGAUGUGUACAUGGAUAGUUAAUCCUCGAAACCACGUCGUCAUGGUGGUGAGCUCCGGCGCUACCGCAAUUUAAUUUUAAUUUGUAAUUGCUCCCGAAUACUUUUUUUUUCUACGUGAGGUUUGUCUUGAAUGAAAAUAUAACCCACGAAAAGAAACGAUCACGAUCGGCAGAGUCGCAAAUCGUAGGAAAUAACAAAAAUGUUUGAUGUAUGAAUGCCAAAAUGUGCUCGGCAACUUGUUGAGCUCCGUCACAGUCAUACAACAUAAUUGUUCACCAAGCUACGAUUAAAAUUUUCAUAGCGGUGUGUUCAAGUGAAGCACAUUUUUCAAUCAUGAGAAAGCGCCCAUCGUGCAAGUACAACUUUUGAAACAGAAAUUGUCUUCGAUGGCUAGGGUUUCUGAAAAAUGUUCGAUAGACAAAAUAUGGUGGUAACGAAGACAGGCCGUGAAGUGGUCACCAAGUGUCGAAAAAUGGAUAGGUAGCAGUGCACAGGAAUAAAUAUGGUUUUCGUCUCACAAAAGAAUAUUUGGAGAUUAUUAUCAUAUUCAGCAGGCAAGGAGGGGUACAUGGAAAACCCCUUGCAAAUGUCAAACAAAAUUGCUGCAAUGUAUGCGCGCUGAACAAGGUAAUAUUAAUGUAAUGUACAGUGAUUUAAAAGAAAUCAAAGCAAGUGGCGCUCCAGACAGACUAGACUGAUCCUUAGCGCCUAUCCUUUCGAGCAUGUUGUGUUUAUUGUGAUUGAAUUGUAACAAACCCGAAAGAGGAUGCGUCACUAAACUAAGGAAAUGAUGAAAACGACAGGAAUUAUUCAAAAAGAUAAAUAUGCGCGUCACGAAACUAGCAGGUUUUUGUUCCCAAUACUCGGUUCCGGCACGAUUGUGGACUGUGGAAAAGGGAUAAUGUCUUCGAGUGGAACAUGCUUGAUUGCGGUGUUAGAUUGAAGAAAAACGUCGUAGCAUGAUUAAAAUUUAAUGUUAUAACAAAAAGAAAACUUUGUGGCCACCAAGACGGUUGAGAGUUUCAAUAGCAGUUGAGAAAACGUCUGACACGAGAGAUGAUUUCGAACGGCGCUCUGACAGAUUUGCAAAGUGUUUGAGCUAGAGAGAAAAACAGUGAGAGCUGAAGAAAAGAAGAAAACAAAACAAGAUUUGUAAGUGGAGAUAUAUAAAAAAGUAACAAAAAACAUCCAACAUUUACUGGCUGAAUGUCAGAAGUCACCAGCGAGAGAUUAAAGAAGUUAAGGAAAAGAAAUAAAACAAAACUUGAAAGUAAAGAUGAAAAAAAACUAAUAAAAGUUAUAAAAAUAUUCAUAAUUGUUUAAUUUUUUUAUAAGUAAAGUGAUGAGUUUCCAAAAAUCCCCCAAAUUUGUUAUUAUUAACUGCUGGUU